GUAAUUCUAACCGCCAGCUGUCUAUUUUAGCCUUCCUAUCUCUUAUUCACUCCUGCCCAAACAAAUAAUUCCUGCAUUAUGUCCAGUAGUCAAGUUCAAAAACCUAUUCGCGUUACUGUCAUAGCGGCAGAUGGUCUCUAUAAACGGGAUGUAUUUCGCCUUCCGGAUCCAUUUGCAGUGGUGACAGUGGAUGGCGACCAGACCCAUACGACAACUGUGAUGAAAAAGACGUUAAACCCAUACUGGAAUGAGAGCUUUGAAGUUAAUGUCACCAACAAUAGUAUUCUUGCAGUUCAAAUCUUUGACCAAAAAAAGUUUAAAAAAAAGGAUCAAGGAUUCCUCGGCACUGUUAAUAUUCAAAUAAGCGACGUGUUUGACGUGAAUAUUGGCGGCGAUGAAAUGCUUACAACGGAGCUAAAAAAGUCAGGGUCAAAUGAUGUUGUAGUCCAAGGAAAGCUUAUUCUCAAUAUCUCUUCAAAUAUUGGCAAUCAAAGCUUAAAUGGCCGUAUCUCUCAAAACCCAACUCCAUCGCACCAGAGAACACCCUCGACCAUCUCAGCUGUAUCAUCCAGUGCUACAUCCUUAAUCAACCGCAAUAAUGUCCAGCAAGCUCCAAUCGCACACGUUAAUGGAGGUUUAACUGGCAGCACACCAGCCACACCCACUAUUGCUACCAAUGGGGGACGCCAGCUUUCACCAUACGAAGAUCAGCACGGUCCUCUUCCUCCGAACUGGGAACGUCGCGUAGACCAGUUAGGCCGCACGUAUUAUGUAGACCAUAAUAACCGCCUGACGACCUGGACCAGACCACCUUUGACAACCUCUACGCCAGAACAAGCCCAGGAGGCGGCUAACCGAACGGAAUUGGAGAGGCAAAGACACAAUAACCGUACACUUCCUGAGGAACAAUCUGGAAGUAACUCACCUCUGCCAAACGUAUCUAAUCUAUCGCUUCCAGAAUCCUCUGCAAACACAGCAUCAGUUUCUACUUCUCCUGCGACUACCAGUGGUUCAACACUUGCGCCCGUGAGCUUAAACUCAACUACCCCUGGAUCAGGACCACUUCCUGCGGGAUGGGAGCAGCGUCUGACGCCUGAAGGGCGUCCUUACUUUGUAGACCACAAUACUCGAUCGACCACCUGGGUUGAUCCUCGUCGCCAACAAUAUGUCCGUAUGAGCGACCCUCGUUCCUCCAGCCAGGUUGCAGUGCACCAGCAACCUGUCUCUCACCUUGGUCCUCUGCCUUCGGGAUGGGAAAUGCGUCUUACCAAUACGGCGCGUGUUUACUUUGUAGAUCAUAACACGAAGACGACAACAUGGGAUGAUCCUCGUCUACCAAGUAGUUUGGACCAGAACGUACCUCAGUAUAAGCGUGACUUCCGUCGCAAGCUAAUUUACUUUAGAUCACAGCCUGCACUCCGCCCAGUCCCCGGUCAAUGCCAUAUGAAGGUCCGCCGCUCGCACAUCUUUGAAGAUUCUUACCAUGAGAUCAUGCGUCAAUCACCAACAGACCUUAAGAAAAGACUUAUGAUCAAGUUUGAGGGCGAGGAUGGCCUUGAUUAUGGCGGUCUCUCAAGAGAAUUCUUUUUCUUGUUGUCACAUGAAAUGUUCAAUCCGUUUUAUUGUCUAUUCGAGUACUCUGCCCAUGACAACUAUACCCUUCAAAUUAACCCUCACUCGAGUAUCAAUCCUGAGCACUUGAAUUACUUCAAAUUCAUUGGCCGUGUUGUUGGACUUGCUAUCUUCCAUCGCCGCCUUUUGGAUGCGUUCUUCAUUGUCUCUUUCUACAAGAUGAUUUUGAAGAAAAAAGUUACGCUUGCAGAUCUAGAGUCUGUGGAUGCAGACGUAUACCGUAACCUGAACUGGCUAUUGGAUGAUCCGGAAGGAGCAGAAACUUUAGAUACAACCUUCUCAACGAAUGAUGAGCGUUUUGGGGAAAUUGUGACCAUAGACUUGAAGGAGAAUGGAAGAAAUAUUCCAGUGACGGAAGAAAACAAGAAAGAGUACGUGGAAUUAAUGACAGAGUGGCGUAUCAGCCGUCGUGUGGAAGAACAAUUCAAGGCUUUUGCUGAGGGUUUCCAUCAAUUGAUUCCUCAAGAACUUGUGACAGUUUUUGACGAACGCGAGCUUGAGUUAUUGAUGGGAGGCAUAUCAGAGAUUGAUUGCGAUGAUUGGAAGAAACAUACGGAUUAUCGUGGGUACACAGAACAAGAUGAAGUAGUGCAAUGGUUCUGGAAGUGUGUCCGAUCAUGGGAUUCAGAAAAGAAAGCGCGUUUGUUGCAGUUCACGACAGGAACAUCAAGAAUCCCCGUCAAUGGAUUUAAGGAUCUACAGGGCUCCGAUGGACCUAGGCGAUUUACAAUCGAGAAAGCAGGUGAGAUCGGUCAGCUGCCUAAGUCUCACACAUGCUUUAAUCGCAUCGAUCUCCCACCGUAUAAAUCAUACGAUGUUCUUGUGAACAAACUGACUCUAGCGGUGGAGGAGACUGUUGGUUUCGGUCAAGAGUAGAAAGGUCCAAAUGAUUGCUUUUUGUUUUAUCAUUAAAAAAAAUUGCAUUUGUAUUUCUGUACUCUUGAUCCCUUGAGUUAUUCUCUUG